GGCGGGUAAAUGUUUUCUCUUCCCCGCUAGCCCUUUCUAGAGUGUCUACAGGAAUCGGAGUUUAGCGGGUGCUGAGAUUUUAAAGAGAACCCUCGGUACCACCACCCCACGCACGUAUUACAGUUAUUAUUCUCUAUCAGAAUUCGGCGUGUUUAUGACCACGUUUAACCGUUGUUAAACAUUUAGAUUCUGAAUCAUGUCUAUUUAAAGAUCUCAAUACUUUAUCUGUUAAUACUUGUGUGGGAGGGCCCGUCAGUUAUCCACUCCCGUCCUUUGCAGGGUGGCAGAGGGAGAGAGAGACAUGUUUUCUGGGUGAAUUUAGGCAACCCCCACCUCUCACCGUGUCACUUUCCCAGGACUUGGUGUUAAACUUUUAAAAUGAAACGGUGAAAACAGGAGGAAUGCCCCUGUGGGACCACUUUGCAGAGUAGAUUUUGGUGUUUGGGAUAGACCCUGGGCAAUCUCUCUUGGCCUGGCCACCAGCUUCCAGGUCUUCGUGUUGUGGAGACAAGAUGGACAGAUUCCUGGUGAAGGCGGCUGUCGGGGGCCUUAAGAGAAGGAUGGAACAAGAGCAGACUGGAGGAGGCCCAGCAGGGUUGGCAGAAGAGGAGGGAAACAGCAAGAAAAACCCCAGAAGAGCAGCCCUGGGGAAUGAAGUUGACUCAGCAGGCCUCAGCUGGCGGCGCAUUCAAGCCGAGGGCCUGGACUGCGAUUACACUGUCCUGUUUGGCAAAGCCGAAGCAGACGAAAUUUUCCAAGAGUUGGAGAAAGAAGUGGAAUAUUUUACAGGUGCGCUGGCCAGGGUCCAGGUGUUCGGGAAGUGGCACAAUGUCCCAAGGAAGCAGGCGACAUACGGCGACACUGGGCUGACCUACAGCUUCUCAGGCCUCACUCUGUCCCCAAAGCCCUGGAUCCCCGUUCUGGAGCGUGUCCGGGAUCGUGUUUCUCUGGUGGCUGGACAGACUUUCAACUUUGUGCUCGUCAACAGGUACAAAGACGGCCAGGACCACAUUGGUGAGCACAGGGAUGAUGAGAGAGAACUGGCUCCCGGGAGCCCCAUCGCCUCUGUCUCCUUUGGGGCCUGCAGAGACUUCUUCUUCCGGCAUAAGGAUUCUCGGGGGAAGCACCCCUCCCGGAGGCUGGCGGUGGUCAGGCUCCAGCUGGCCCAUGGCAGCUUACUCAUGAUGAACCACCCGACCAACACUCACUGGUACCACAGUCUCCCGGUCCGAAAGAAGGUUCUGGCUCCCCGGGUCAACCUGACAUUUCGGAAAAUCCGGCCUACUACAAAGUGAACAGCGUUGUUAACAGCGAGUGCUUCUGUUGGCUCCUUCGGGCCCCACUCCUCGAGGGAGCUGCUGUUUCUUUUACCAACAGGGAACACGGAACGGGUUUCACCCAAGCGCAGGGCUUCUUAUGGGUACAACACAGAACUCAGAGAAAGAGGACAUUGGUGUCAUACUGGUGAAUUACGAAAGAAUACCAGAUGAUGUUUUUCCUAACAAAAUGAUUCUUUUAUUGCUAUAAUACAGCAGAUACAAAAGGUACCUUUAGCAAAUACAUAAAUCAACAGUUAUUAUGGCAUAAA